CGCCGUCGGCGAGACGGUGCCAAGAUGGCGGCUCGCAAGGGCCGUCGCCGCACGUGUGAAAGCGGAGAACCUAUGGAUGCGGAGUCCGGCGACGCAGGGCCUAAGGGCCCGGCUCAGGUCUACUUGCCCGGCCGGGGGCCGCCGCUGAGCGAGGGAGAGGAGCUGGUCAUGGACGAGGAGGCCUAUGUGUUGUACCACCGCGCUCAGACUGGUGCCCCAUGUCUCAGCUUUGACAUAGUCCGGGAUCACCUGGGAGACAACCGGACAGAGCUGCCUCUGACACUGUACCUGUGUGCCGGGACCCAGGCGGAAAGUGCCCAGAGCAACAGAUUGAUGAUGCUUCGUAUGCACAAUCUGCAUGGGACAAAACGCACUUCAUCAGAGGACAGUGAUGAAGAGGAGGAGGAGGAGGAGGAGGAGGAGGAAGAGGAUGAGGAGGAUAGGAAGCCUCAGCUGGAGCUGGCCAUGGUGCCCCAUUAUGGCGGCAUCAACCGCGUCCGGGUUUCAUGGCUGGGCGAGGAGCCCGUGGCUGGCGUGUGGUCCGAGAAGGGACAGGUGGAGGUGUUUGCCCUGCGCCGCCUCCUACAGGUGGUGGAUGAUGCCCAGGCCAUGGCAACCUUCCUGCGGGAUGAGCAGGCCCGUGUGAAGCCCAUCUUCUCCUUCUCAGGCCACAUGGGCGAGGGCUUUGCGCUCGACUGGUCACCCCGUGUGCCUGGGCGCCUGUUGACGGGUGACUGCCAGAAGAACAUCCAUCUCUGGACGCCCACGGACGGCGGCUCCUGGCACGUGGACCAGCGGCCCUUUGCAGGCCACACACGAUCUGUGGAGGACCUGCAGUGGUCCCCAACCGAGGACACGGUGUUUGCCUCCUGCUCUGCUGACGCCUCCAUUCGCAUCUGGGACAUCCGGGCAGCCCCCAGCAAAGCUUGCAUGCUCACCACCGCCUCCGCUCACGACGGGGAUGUCAACGUCAUCAGCUGGAGCCGCCGGGAGCCCUUCCUGCUCAGCGGUGGGGAUGACGGGGCCCUCAGAGUCUGGGACCUGCGGCAGUUCAAGUCUGGCUCCCCGGUGGCCACCUUCAAGCAGCACGUGGCGCCCAUCACCUCCGUGGAGUGGCACCCUCAGGACAGCGGGGUCUUCGCCGCCUCUGGAGCCGACAACCAGAUCACUCAGUGGGACCUGGCCGUGGAGCGGGACCCCGAGGCCGGUGAGGCGGAGAUCGAGCCGGGACUGGCGGACCUGCCCCAGCAGUUGCUGUUCGUGCACCAGGGUGAGACGGACCUGAAGGAGCUGCAUUGGCACCCGCAGUGCCCGGGCCUGCUGCUCAGCACCGCCCUGUCUGGCUUCACCGUCUUCCGCACCAUCAGCGUCUGAGGCCGCUGGCCGGGCCCAGGGGGACUGGGAUCUGACACCAGACAAACCCCUUUUGAAAAGGAGAACUGAGCUCAGCCCGCUGGCCGCCAUGCUGAAUCCAUGAGGUAGAGACUUGCUUGGGUCCAGCGAUGCCCUUCCAACCGGUGGACCCAGGUUUGGCCCGAAGCCCUGGAAAACCACUGGACUUAAUCCAGUGUCUCCUCCCACCCGGGCUGGAGGACUCCGUAGGCUUGUUCCCAGGGCCCCUCUACCCGGUGGACAUCUUCAUGGGGGUGACAUCUAGCUGGAACCUCUGGGCCCCAAGGCCCAGUUUGGACUUCCUGUCUCCCCAAAGGGAACUCAAGUGCCUUCUUCCACUGGCCACAGCAGACUUGAGGGGGACAGUGGGUGGUCUGAUGGAAACUGGUUCUAUCCUUUGUCGCUGUGCCAGUUAGGAUCAGCCAGGAUGGGGGGUGGGGGUGGAGGCUUCUGACUCUGCUCCGUCACAAGCAC